AUGCCCGCCGCCUUGUCAGUGGACAACGCCGUCGUCAUGGCAUCGGGGCCUUCUCCGAGCAACACGCCGCGGGCAUGCAGCUCGACAGGUCGGCCGACUGCGCCGGCGCAAGCAGGAAAAGCGACGUUUCCCACGGGGAGUCUCGAAACUGUGGAUCAUCACGACGACGCCGCCAUGGAGCUGUCUCUUCCAUCUCUGGAGAGCAGUCCCGGUGUCGGGAUGCUCGUGAAGGUUGGCAGCCACCUCCGGACUCGGCCCUCGCUUCCGCAGACGAGAAGACCCGAGACUUCUGCGGUCUUGCGGGCCAGUUUCUCGUCUCUGUCUGAAACUUCUUCUUCGCGAGCUUCCGCGGAUGACGAAGCGGCAGGAAGUGAGGCAACCACUGCUGUGGGAUCUUCUGCCCCCAGUCCUGUAAGCAGACAAGAAACAGGCGACAAAGCAGGGACGGCCUUCUUCCACCAGACUUUCGCCUCGGUGGCAGAUGCGUGUCGGGGAACUGAGUGUGGCGAGACAGGCGCUGCUGCGUUGUCUCCAGACCUCACGCCCCACGCUGAGGCUUUAGGACGGGAAGAGAUAGACAGAGAAGGCCAUCCCAGCGCAGGCGCUUUGUUGCUGCCCAUCCCGACUCGCCGGUGUGCAUUUGAGGAACGCGACAGGGACACUGGCGGAUCGGCGAGCGACUCGGGAGAGUUUCUCGUGCGCUUGACACAUUCGCGGCGGGGAUCGGAGAGGGAGGAAGCCGCUCUUCACCCGCAAUUGGCGAAGCGCGUGUCGUUUGGAAGCCCGCUGUCGGUCGAGGUCCACCAGUAUUCGUAUGCGGAUGGCUGUCGCUCGAGUGGCGGUAGUGCGAUGAGCGGGAGCAGCCAAGACAGCUCGCAAAGCAGUCUGAGUUCGUUGUCACCUUCCCCGCCGUCUUCGCAGUUUCUCUUGUCUCUCGCGACCCCGGACGCCUCCCAUUCUGAGACGUUUCGGGGACAGCACCUGAUCUCGUCGUGUGGCCUCGAUUUGUACAGUUCUUCGCCUCCGUGCUUCUUGCCAGGCAGAGGCACGCUCGACAGCGUGAGAUCAGACAGCGGCGCGUCUUCCUCGCUUCACGUCGGCGGAGACCUCUCGGAUAGCGAGAGCACGAGUGGAUGUAUGACAAGGAGACACAAAGACUUGAGUCAGUCGGGUCGCUGUCUCUCUGCGCCGUUUCGUUUCUUCGUUGGAGGGGCUGAGGCUUCAGACGCCAAUCAAAAGCCGCCGCUUUAUCCGCCGUCGAUGUGCAUGCAGUCGCCUGCAGAGCAGCGCGUCAAGUCGCCGUGCAUCUCGCGAUGUCAGCACUCGCCAGAGCCUCGAUCGCUCGAGGACUCUCUCAUGCCGUCUGCGAGUGCUGGCUCGCCGCCUUCGUUCUCGCGCCCACGUAUUCCUGCCCUUUUCUCGCCCCUCAGUCGCCCCACAAGGUGUCCCUUGUCCCCUCGCUCGGGCCCGCAGCAGUCUUCUCCUCGCAAGAAAGCCGCGCCGGCUGCGCCUCCUUGUGAGCGAGAGAGUCCAUGUGGGGCGCAGGGCCCUAGAGACGGACUUGCCCUCUCGUCGGCUCUUCCACAAUCAAAAACGGAAAUGAGAAAGCCGAAAACGUCGCCGGUGGAGGCGUGCGCCGACGCACGAAAAAAGAAGAAGGAGACCAGACCGGUGACGCUAUCGCCCGUGGCCUCCGUGCGCACGAGGGAAAGAGAUAAAAGCCUCCCUCUGGACGCUCACGAGGGGGCCGUUGAGCGCGUUAGGGCGAGUUUCGUGUCUCCGUUCAGAGACGCUUCCUGUGAACGGAGGGAAAAGGCAGUGGAGAGCAUCCCUCAGCGGCACGACGCUGAGAGCUCGUAUUCCGCGUCUGUCUCUUCUCACCUCGCUUCGCUUUUGACCACGGCUCCGCUGUCUCCUUCCGCUCCUAUCCGUGCGUACAGCGCUGUCAGCUCCCGCCAGCAGCCCAAAGAAGAGCAGGAAGAACAGGCGACUGAGGCUGUAGAUGCAAUCUCGAAUCUUGCCCAGUUGACGGGUCCGUCCUGUUCUCUCUGCAUCUCCGAUUCGUUUGCAUCAGCCCGCUCCCCUCACAGACCGGAGCAGGCACCCUCCUUUCCAUCCUAG